AAUCGUAUUUUCGUCGACAAGAAUCAACGAAGGCCUCACUAUAGGGAGAAAAUAAACAGCGGCCACUAAUAUGGCGUAUCCGCAACCAGUUAACCCUCGAAUGUCCGUACUUUCAAAUGCGUCGUCAGACCACUUCUCGCCAGCAUCAAGCACAACGCGCUUCUCAUAUCCAAAUUCGACUCCUAUACCGACAAAUCUGGCGGCCAUAGCGAAAGCACGUCCAAACGUUUACGAACGUAACCUUAACAAGACACGCACGGCCGAAGUCUCCCUUUCAGCAUAUGCUUUCCUUUUCUCCGAGAUUGUUCAGUACACUCAGAAGCGUGUAAGUGGCAUCAGUGACCUCGAGCGAAGACUAAACGUGUUAGGAUACCGUAUAGGCACUCGUGUACUUGAGUUAAUGUCCUGGAGGGUGGAAGCACAAACUAAAACCCCAAAACGCGAGAUCCGGUUCUUACCUGCGCUGAUGUCUAUCCAUACGCAAGUUUGGCGAACGGUGUUUGGGAAGCCGGCAGACGCUAUCGAGAAGAGUGUGGAACAUGACGACGAAUAUAUGAUUAUAGACAACGAUCCUCCGAUAACGCGAUACAUCUCCGUUCCAAGGGACAUGAGCCAAUUGAGCUGUUCGUCACUAACCGCAGGGAUAGUCGAAGCUGUUCUAGAUGGUCUUUGUUUUCCAGCGAGGGUUACGGCGCAUAAUACACCAACUGAUGCAUUCCCUUCAAGGACGACCAUCCUUAUCAAACUUGAGCGCUCCGUCAUGGAACGAGAAGAAGCUAUGAAAUGA